GUAUUAAUUUGUAGGUUUGGAAUUUGGGAAUGGCAAGUGUACGUAAUCCUACAGGGACUAUUUGUCAACUACAAAUCAACUCUUUUUAAAAACCUCAUUUUCUGUUUCACGCAGAAUUCAAAAGUAUAUCAGCAUGGUUGAUGCUUUCUGUGCCACUUGGAAGUUGGUGGACAGUCAGAAUUUUGAUGAGUACAUGAAGGCGCUUGGAGUUGGUUUUGCAACAAGACAAGUCGGCAACGUUACGAAGCCAACUGUCGUUAUUAGCCAAGAUGGGGGGAAAGUCACUGUGAAAACACUGAGUACUUUCAAGAACACUGAAAUAUGUUUCAAACUCGGAGAGGAGUUCGAUGAAACUACCGCAGACGAUAGAAAUUGCAAAUCAACCGUGAGUUUGGAGGGUGACAAACUGGUUCACGUGCAGAAAUGGGAUGGCAAAGAGACAAAGUUCGUCCGAGAAAUCAAAGACGGGAAAAUGGUCAUGACCCUGACCUUUGAGGACAUCCAGUCUGUGCGCACCUAUGAAAAGGCAUAACUGGACCAAUCAACAAAUUUCAGUACUGUUUACUGGACCUCAGAAAAAACUUCUUUUUUUCUGUAAGCAUUGAGAUACACCUCAUCAACUUAAAAAACUACUAUUCUAGCUCAUUAAAACUAUUUAUGAAAUUCUAUAUACAACACGGAAUCUGUGGAGUUUCUGUUUUUGCAUGAAGAUUUUCAAACUAAAUCAUCAUACAGUUUGUAAACAUGUACAAAACAGAGUGAAAUAAAUUUUCUGGAUGUGA